AUGAGCCCCAGCGCAACGCAUGGCGAACCCGAGGUGGGCUCGGAUGGGCCGCGCCAAAAGGGGAAAGCAACGCCGGAUACUAUCAAAGUCGGAUGCAUUGCGCAGGUCACAAAAGACGGUCAGCCACGGCGCGCCGAGAUUCUCAGCAUCAAAGAGACUAAGAGCGGCCGGCAAUUCUACUGCAACUUUGACAACUUCAACAAGCGAUUAGACGAAUGGGUACCAGUUGCUAGAAUCGACUUUGACCAGGACGUCGAGUGGCCCAACCCGGAAAAGGACAAGCAGAAGGACACCAAGGCGAAAAAGACGGCGGCCGUGCCGAAGAAGGCCCCGCCGUCCAAAAAAGCGCAGAAAAAGGUCGGCAAGCGAGAACAGUCUGAGCCGGGCUCGGAGGGCCAAACACCACAUCCCUGGAGCGAAUUCGUCGAGUCGCAGCAGCAGUCGCAACAAAAUAAUAAAACAGAUGGGGAGGACAAGGCGAAUGCGAGCCUGGAGCUUGGGGCGACUCCCAAUGUGGCCUCGGACGAGAUGGAGAUCGACGAAGACGAGACGCCGGCCAGCGCGGCCAAGAAGGAGCACGCGCAGUCGUUCAGCCGGGAUCGGGAAAUCGAAAAGCUUCGGACUUCGGGCUCUAUGACGCAGAAUCCAGCCGAGAUUUCCCGCAUCCGGAACAUCUCCAAGGUCGAGUUUGGCCGCAACGUGCUGUUCCCAUGGUACUUCUCGCCGUACCCGGAGGUGUUCAGCCAGGAGGACUGCAUCUACAUUUGCGAGUUUUGCCUGAGCUACUACGGGGACCUGACGUCGUUCAAAAGCCACAGGAUGAAGUGCACGCUGCAGCACCCACCGGGUAACGAGAUCUACCGGGACGAUUUUGUAUCCUUUUACGAGAUCGACGGGAAGCGGCAGCGGACGUGGUGCCGCAACCUGUGUCUGCUGUCCAAGAUGUUUCUGGACCACAAGACGCUGUACUACGACGUGGACCCGUUCCUGUUUUACGUCAUGACCACUAGGGAUGAGAAAGGGUCGCAUCUGAUCGGGUACUUCUCCAAGGAGAAGGAAAGCGCGGACGGGUACAACGUGGCGUGUAUUUUGACGCUGCCACAGUACCAGCGCAAGGGGUACGGGCGGCUGCUGAUCCAGUUCUCGUACGAGCUGUCCAAGAUCGAGGGCAAGCUGGGGUCGCCGGAGAAACCGCUGUCUGAUUUGGGACUGUUGAGUUACCGGCAGUACUGGUCGGAGAACAUUGUGGACCUGCUGCUGGGGUACAGCGACAGCCAGGAGAAGUGCACGAUCGAGAGCAUCGCGACGCGGCUAGCGAUGACGACGCAGGACGUGGAGCAUACGCUGCAGGCGCUCAAGAUGCAGGUGUACCACAAGGGUGAGCACAAGAUUGUGAUACCGGAGAAGCUGGUGCAGCAGCGGGAGAAGAGCAAGGCCAAGCAGAAGCGAAUAAUUGAUCCGGAUCGGAUCCAGUGGAAACCGCCGGUCUUUACGGCGGCCAGCCGGACCUGGGGGUGGUAG